AUGGCUUCGCUCUUGUCCUCGGUCAGAGCCGGUCUCCGUACCGGUCUUCCCGCCGAAUGCCGCUCAUUCGUCACCGCCGCCACACAGCCCGCCACAUGGACUCACAAGUCAUUAAGAACAGGAGUGAUCGCAAGGAAGAAGGGCAUGACCGCCAUGUGGGACGAGUGGGGUGUCAGGAUACCCGUCACUGUUCUCCAGCUUGAGCAAUGCCAGGUUAUCCAGGUCAUGAACGAGGAAACUCAUGGAUACACAGCCCUCCAGAUCGGAAGCACGGAUCGCACACCCAAGAAUGUUACCGUACCUAUGUUGGGUCAUUUCGCCAAGGCCGGUGUUGAGCCCAAGCGUAGGAUCGUCGAGUUCGAGGUCACCCCCGAUGCCGUCUUGCCCGUCGGCACCGAGUUGGUCGCCUCUCAUUUUGUCCCCGGCCAGUUCGUCGACUGCUCCGCUCCUACCAUGGGAAAGGGAUUCCAGGGAGCGAUGAAGAGACACGGAUUCGGAGGUCAGCCAGCAACACACGGUACAUCUCUCACGCACCGUUCGCUCGGUUCGACCGGUCAGCGUAAGGAUCCCGGUAAGGUCUUCAAGGGCAAGAAGAUGGCGGGUCGCAUGGGAGGCGAGCAGGCGACGGUACAGAGUCUGAAGGUCAUGAAGAUCGACAACGACCUCAACCUGAUCUAUGUCAAGGGCGCCGUCCCCGGUGUCGAUGACCAGUUUGUCAAGGUCCGGGAUGCGAUCAAGAAGCGUGGCGACAAGAUUGCCCCCGCUGAUGUCUUACCCCUGCCCUUCCCUACUAUCCAGCCUGAGGCUGUCAAGGCCAUGCCAAGAGAGUUGGUUGCCAAGACGGGUGGCUCUGAUCCUUACGUCAUGAAGGAGUAA